AUGAAGGAAACCAGAGAUUAUAGACGGAAAGAAAAACAAGGACUUCGGGGAAUCAGCGAGAUCAGGAACCGGCCGCGCACCAUUAGUCACUUGCAUGAAUUACUUCCAGGACUAAACGAUAUCAGUGAUGCAUUCGAAGCAUUGCCAUUAGAUAUCGUCAAAUACUUUACAUUAUUGAAAGAGAUUGACGCCAAAUGUAUCAAUACAGUGCCACAAAUAAACAACAGAAUCAAGACUUAUAUCGACAACUUGCAUGUUUCAACUAAUGAACAGGAUAAAGUGAGGGCCCUCCAAGAGAAACAAAAGCGGGAAAACUCGCAAUUGGAUGUGAUUAAAGACAAGAUUAAUGAGAUUAUACCCUGUCUUGAGGAAAAAAUGCAUGUUACUUCAGUAGCCACUGACUUGUUAAAUAAGCAUAUGCGUCGAAUAAAUCAAGAUUAUAAGUUGAUUAUUCAAAAUAAUGAGAUCCCUGAGAAUAUACGUAUUGGACCAUUGGUUCAUCCAGCAAUGAUUCUUGAUUCAUCGCAUCCAUCGAGGGAUGUUAAUGCUAAUGGAGAAGGUGUCAUCGGUGGAGGUUCAGGAGGCGGAGGUGGCGCGUAUGGCAAUAGCGCAACUACCGCACAGUCACAACGUAGUGAAAGUAGGAGAGAAGCGUUGGCUGCUAGGAAAUCCAAUAAAGAUGAUGAUAGGGAUGUGGGUAGUGGAUCUAACGCGAAUAAAAAGAAACGAAGUAAAGAGCAGACUCCAUUAGAAGGUGGGAAAGGUAACAAUGGUGGAAACGGCAAUAGUGGUUACAAUGACAACGCUAAAAAGAGAAAGAAUGAAGAUCGAAGCUCUUCUUCAUCCUUAAAGAAGAAAAAGAAAGGACUGGAAGAUAUUGAGGAUGUUGAAGAUGGUGAUGAAGUAGAUGGCAAUACUACUGGUAAAAAAUCAAACUCCACUAAUCUCGACAGACUCAAAGCAUCUGCAGCUAGUGGUGGUGGAAGCUCUUCCAGUGGAUCACAUGAACCUACUUAUUGUUAUUGUAAUCAAGUUUCAUUUGGUGAAAUGGUGGGUUGUGAUGGUGAUGACUGUAAACGAGAAUGGUUUCAUUUACCGUGUAUUGGAUUUAAGAAUCCACCAAAGGGAAAAUGGUAUUGUGAUGAUUGUUUGAAAAAGAUGAAGGUGAAGAAAGUGUAA